UGAUUUAAAACUUUAAAUGGUUUGACCCUAAAACACGUCCAAGUGUGUUAAGGCAAAGUGUGAAGUUGAUUUUACAAGGACUUUAAGAUAACACAUUGACAAAUUAAGGAUAUUCUUGAGGUGCUUGAGAUUUAGAAUAAGCGUGGAUUUUUAGGCAUGGAUCUUCUGACUAAAGAACAAUAUAAAGAAAUAAAAGCGACCUUUCGUUCUAUUGAUACAAACGGGGACGGGCGGCUGUCAAUAAAAGAAUUCAAGGAAGCCGCCAAUAAAAUGGGUCAAAAUGUUACAACAAAGCAGGUCAAAGAAAUGUUCAAAUUGGUCGAUGAUAAUGGUGAUGACUAUUUGAGUUACAAAGAGUACGAGAAAAUGAUGGUUGAACAGCUGGAAUCACAGAUCGUUGAACAACAGUUCCUGGAACAAUGUUUUGCAAAGAUGGAUGUCAACAGAGAUGGUACUAUCACGGCUAAAGAAAUUGCAAAGACCAUGAAAAUAUCGAAUGCGGAAGCUGACGAACUAGUGAGAGAAGGGGACACGGAUGGAGAUGGAGAAUUAACAUUCGAAGAAUUUGUUACGGUGUAUAGGGCAAAAUCGGAUUGAAGAAUAGACUACAGAUACAGAUCGAUGCAUGUUUAAAGAGUCACGUCAUCCAAACAAUCAUUUUCCAUUUGAAAUUACACAUAAAAUUCAACGCCAAACCUACCAAGACUAAUAUUCAAUAUUGUCAUUGUAAUACCAUUUUAUGAUAUAAAUGUAGUAAAUAAAUGCAUGAAAGGGGAAUGAAGUAACAAGAUACGUGUACACGUACAUUCUAUCAUGCAUGAACGCGAAUACAAAAAUAAAAUUUUGAUCCGUGUCAACUCAUAAAAUUUUAUGUAAUGUAAAUAAUAAAGGUCUUUUGUUCGUCUGAUUAUCAAACACAAAACCAACAGAACUAUUAUCACCAGAGAUGAGAAUUAUAAAAAGUUAAAAAAUAUAUACACACAUCCUCUACCUAAUAAUACACAAGGUACACAUCACUGCCAUCUUUGAAUUUUUUAAACCGUCAUAUCAGCCAAAUUUUACACAAGAAACUCGAUAAUAAAUUUAUUUUUUUAUCCUCUCUGUCUUGCGAUCGGUCAUUCAACAUUUUAGCUUAUACCACGUCAACCUAAAUAGCACAGUGCAUUUGCAGCUUACAAUACCCCCCUUCUGCAUCUACUGCACCAAGAAUGCGACAAAUCGCCAGAAGGAGGUUGGAAGUUAAAUGAGAUUUCCUUGCAUGCACCAUGUGUUUGUGUUAAUGUUUUAAUUAAUAAUGCCUGUUUAUUAUGCAUAAACUUUGUGU